AUGGAUACAGACUUUCUCCUUGUACUUGCAUACAAGGGUGUAAGAGAACGACAGGAGGCACCGGGCAUCAACAUAGUGGCNNNNACCGAGAACCCCUCUUUAGUGAGUAUUAAAUUGGUUUUUUGGUGUCCGAAAGAUUCCCUUUGA